UCAGCUUCUUAUAAAUCUGGAGAGCUACUGAGCAGACGACAGGAACUUCAAUAGAUUCCCGGUUUCCUGUCUUAAGCCUUGAGGGAUAUGCCUGUUCACGACCAGACAGAGUUCCAGCUAGAUGACUAUGGAUACCACAACAUCACUUUAUCACCCAAAGAAAACGUUAUCGUUCUUGAUCUCGUCUUCUUCAUUUUCACCGCCACAUCAAUCAUCUUCCUCAAUGUAUUCGUGGUGGCACUGGUUCUUAGACUUGGGUUUAAAAAGAUAAAUAAAAACCCGUUCAACGUCCAGAUAAUGAGUCUGAUCGUCAGUGAUUUUAUGGUUGGAGUUUCCCUCCUCCCGACACAAAUCACGUAUUUCCUAGGUCAGCAGUCAGACUUUGACUGUAGCGUACGGUGCGCAGUUUUCAUGAUUGCGUAUAUGGCUUCGCUGCUUCACGUCUGCGUUAUUUGUUUAGACAGAUGGUGGAUUAUCUACUUCAACAAAACCCAAACACGUAAACAGCUAUUCCCUCGAUGCCUUUUUCUCCUAUUCGGGACCUGGGUGGCUGCCUUUUUGAUAGAGUUCAUCCCAUUUGUUCUGUGGCGGGAUGAGAACUCGUCGGUGUGUUCGAUAGCUAAUGUUUUUGGGGACUAUUAUAACGAGGCCUUCGGAUACCAGGUCUGCACUCAUAUUGCAGUAAUUUCCUGUAUAACUGUUUUUUACGGUCUUAUUAUUGGUUUCAUCUUAAACAAAAGAAAACGGUUAAAUCCAGUCCGGAAUCGCACUUCGGAUAUAAGCGCUGUAUCGAGCAGAAUAUCAACACUUGACAAUUCUUCGAAAGCAAAGUCUAUGCCGUCCAUGAAGUCACAGCAAGAUAUCUCAAGGAAUGGUACAGAGGCCAGUCAGCAAUUCAAAAAUGACAGUCGACAAAAUAAGGCCAUUCAGACAAUGGGAUUUAUCAUCGGCAGCCAUCUUCUUUGCGUCGGACCCCUUAUAUCCAUGCUUAUGAUGGAGAUCUUCGGCAACUUAGAGCGGACCUCCGUCUCAUGGCACCAUGUAGUUAUUUAUAUCGCUUGCUUGGGAUCCGCCAUUAACCCCAUUCUCUACGCAUUUCGAAUACCGGAAGUCAACAAUGCUAUGGCUAAAUUCUGUCGCGUGAACAAUGCGUCCUUUGAUUGA